AUGGGCAAAAUCAACCUCACAGCCCUUCGGGUACGACAGACCGCGAUCAACCAAUUCGCCAGCGGAAAGAUCAACAAGCUGCCACAAUGGGUCAAUGUCGUCGGUGAUAUUCCUCCUUCAGAAGCUCUUGUUCGCAACCGCCCCCCGCAGCACCAGCUGCUCCGACAGCGGGUGAAGACACUCCCCGGAUCCUCGCAGCCGCAGGUCGUGCUCGAGGUCGAAGAAAAACGCCGCAAAUCUAAGAAGCCCAGUCGCCUAUUUCAGCCCGUCCAUGUCAGAUAUGAGGAGGACGAGCUGCGAACACAAUUCUUCAAGGAUCAUCCUUGGGAACUUGCUCGCCCUCGCGUCCUUGUUGAGAGCACAGGAAAAGACCACGAGAAUUACGAUUGGAGCCGCCUCCGACAGCCUGGAAAAAGAUUAGAUGGUGAAAGUGUCGUUCAACGGCAACUCUGGCUCCUGAACAACGUUCCCGACAUGACCAAGGAAAGCGCCUACGAUGUUGCCCGUCGAGAAUUCUAUCGACUCCGCCUGCAGGAGGAUAUUGAGCGACGAGUUGCAGCGGAGGAAGCCGAGGCGACCGGAGCUCAAUUCGGACCCAAGUACCUGGACAUUGGUAUGGAAUUGGAGAACAAAGAAUACGAGAAAUGGAAGGAAUGGGCCAAGUUACAGUCACAGAUUUUUGGACAACGAGCCGCAGCUCUAUCUGGUGCCCCGGAGCUUGCGUCAGAGGGUGACAAGGAGGACACUGCAAGCCUCGAUGUUCCAGAGUCUGAGGCUGAACAGUAG